AUGAAUUUACCUUUUUUAAAGAAAAAAGUUCCCUUUUUGUUUUUUCUUUUUAUAUCAUUUCUAAUAGAUUAUGUAAUAAUAGAUAUAGCAUACAAAGAUAAUUUAUUUAAAAGAAAUGAAAAAAAAAAUAUAUAUAAAUAUAAAUUGUAUGGUGAUAUAGAUGAAUAUGCUUAUUAUUUUUUAGAUUUAGAUAUAGGUAUACCUGAACAAAGGAUCUCUGUAAUUUUAGAUACAGGAUCAUCUUCAUUAAGUUUCCCAUGUUCAGGAUGUAAUGAUUGUGGUAUUCAUAUGGAAAACCCAUAUCAUUCAAAUUACUCUAAAACUUCGUUAAUUCUAUAUUGUGAUAAAACAAAAUGUCCAUUCAAUUUAAAAUGUGUAAAGGGAAAAUGUGAGUAUCUUCAAUCUUAUUUUGAAGGAUCUCAAAUUUCAGGAUUUUAUUUUUCUGAUAUAGUUAGUAUGUUUUCAUAUAAUAAUGAAAAAAUAUCUUUUAGAAAAUUAAUGGGUUGUCAUAUGCAUGAAGAAAGUUUAUUUCUUCAUCAGCAAGCCACAGGAGUUUUAGGGUUCAGUUUAACAAAACCAAAUAACGUCCCAACAUUUGUUGAUUUAUUAUUUCAAAAUUCUCCAAAUUUAACCAAACAGUUUUCUAUUUGUAUAGCAGAACAUGGAGGAGAACUAAUCAUAGGUGGAUAUGAAGAAGAUUAUAUUGUAAAAAAUAUUAAAAAAGGAAAUAAUAAAAAGGAAAAUGAAAUAACAGCAAACAUUAUAAAUGAAGCAAAUCACAAUGAAUACGAAAAUGAUGUAAUCAAUAAAAAAAAUGAAGACUCAAAUGAAAUGAAGAGAAUAAAUGAAGAGAUAAAUAAUAUAAUAUGGGCAAAUAUAACAAGAAAAUACUAUUACUAUGUAAGAGUAAAAGGGUUUAAAUUUUAUGGUACUGAUUUUUUGGAUAACAAUGAAUUUGAUGUAUUGAUUGAUUCUGGUAGUACGUUUUCUCAUAUACCUGAAAGUGUUUAUAAUAAAUUAAAUUUUUUCUUAGAUAUCUUAUGUAUACCUGAUAUGAAUAAUGUUCUUGAUGUAAAUAAAAGAUUAAGAUUAACUAAUGAUUCAUUUAUCAAUCCUCUCCUUUUUUUUGAUGAUUUUAAUUCAGCUUUAAAAAAUAUAAUUGAAAAUGAAAAUAUGUGUGUUAAAAUUGUUGAUGAUGUUCAAUGCUGGAAGUAUAAAGAUUAUCUACCAGAUAUUUAUGUAAUUAUGUCAGAUAAUUAUAAAAUUCGAUGGAAACCUGAAUCAUAUUUAUAUAAAAAAGAAUCAUUUUGGUGUAAAGGAAUAGAAAAACAAGUAAAUAAUAAAGCAAUAUUUGGUUUAACUUUCUUUAAAAACAAACAAGUAAUUUUUGAUAUAGAAAAUUAUAAAAUAGGAUUUGUUGAAUCUAAUUGUCCAUCUUAUCCAAUUAAUACAAGACCAAAAACUUAUAAUGAAUAUAAUAAAAAAGAAAAUAUAUAUUUAAAAGUAUCUUAUUUUAACUUAUAUAGUAUGUUUAUUCUUUUUGCAUUGAUAUUGCUUCUCUCUAUUAUUUUUUAUCUGAAAAAAUUAUUUUAUAUGUACUAUUUACCUUUGCAAAAUGAAAAUGAAGAGACCAUGGAAAUAAGAAUGGAUAUGAAAUAG